CAACAGAGUAUGUACCCAAGAUUUGCCCGACCCAAGGACCGAGUGCUCCAAAGCCCAAACUAACUCUGUUCGUCUUUCUUCCAGCGCCAUGCUCUCCGGCCUUCGACAACCCUGCAAAUGAGUCAACAGAGUUCACUAGCCAAAGAUGUAAGCGCGUACGUCAGCUGUAAUGUUAUAUGUAAGCGCGUACGUCAGCUGUAAUGUUAUAUGUGCCCUUAUCUGAGUAUACAUAACAGCAGCCAGUUUCAUUCGACGCAGAAACCCAAAAUUCUGUCAAGUAAGUCGUUUAUCACCUCUUUCGAUCGAAACUCGACAAUCUCUCAGAGGAUGAGCUGGUGGUGGGCUGGAGCUAUCGGUGUUGCCAAGAAGAAAUUGGAGGACGAUGAAGAACCGCGAGGCUAUCAGAGCGUAGGGCUAGUGAUCGGCGUGACGGGCAUAGUGGGCAACAGCCUCGCCGAGAUCCUCCCCCUAUCCGACACCCCGGGAGGCCCCUGGAAGGUCUACGGCGUCGCUCGCCGCCCCCGCCCCUCCUGGAACGCCGACCACCCCGUCCACUACAUACAGUGCGACAUCUCCGACCCAAACGACGCCGCCGCCAAACUCUCCCCCCUCACCGAUGUCACCCACAUCUUCUACGUGACCUGGACCAACCGAUCCACCGAGGCCGAGAACUGCGAAGCCAACGCCUCCAUGCUCCGAAACGCCCUCCGAUCCGUCAUCUCCUCCGCCCCAAACCUGCGCCACAUCUGCCUCCAAACCGGCGGCAAGCACUACAUCGGACCCUUCGAGUCCUUCGGCAAGUCCCAGCGGCACGAUCCCCCCUUCACUGAAGACAUGCCCAGAUUAGACUCCCCCAAUUUCUACUACGCCCUCGAAGACGUCCUGUUCGACGAAACGUCCCAGAGAAGCGCGCUCACCUGGUCCAUACACCGCCCCACCAACAUCUUCGGCUUCUCGCCGUACAGCCUGAUGAACUUGGUGGGCACCCUCUGCGUGUACGCCGCCAUAUGCAAGCACGAAGGGAAGCCCCUGAGAUUUCCUGGGUCGAGGGCCGCGUGGGAAUGCUACUCGGCGGCGUCGGACGCGGAUCUGAUCGCGGAGCAGCAGAUCUGGGCGGCGGUAGAUCCGAACGCGAAGAACGAGGCGUUCAACUGCAGCAACGGCGACGUAUUCAAGUGGAAGCACCUGUGGACGGCGCUGGCGGAGCAGUUCGGGGUGGAGUACUGUGCGGAGAUCGAGGACGGGGUUGGGUUGGGGGAGAUGAUGAAGGGGAAAGGUGGGGUGUGGGAGCAGAUUGUGGAGGAGAACGAUUUGGUGGCGACGAAGCUGGAGGAUGUCGGGAUUUGGUGGUUUGCGGAUCUAAUAUUAGGUGGAGAGGCCUUGUUGGACAGCAUGAACAAGAGCAAGGAGCAUGGGUUUUUGGGGUUUAGGAACACUGAGAAGUCUUUCAUUUAUUGGAUUGAGAAGAUGAGAGCUUACAAGGUCAUUCCUUGAUUCAGAAAUUUGCAUUUGUUUUGCCUUGGUGGUGUUUUUGUUGUGAUUGAAUGUUAUGGCAUUGCUAAAAUGCUGGUCUUUGUUAAAUAAAGAUCUCACCCCUGAAAUGUACGUAAUGAGUUUCCUUCAGUAUUGAUCCUUGCUUUCCAA